AUGUCUGUUGAAACAAAUAACAACAACUACAAUCAUCAAGAUCAGCGCAUACCAUUUUAUUCUAUUGAAGGUACACACUAUGAAUGUAGUUUUAAACUUGGUCAACUCAUAGCACAGCGAAUACGAGAACGAAUUAAAAAAGAAUCGAACGAUCUACAACCAUUAUUUAAUUUUAUAAAAACUGAUGUUGGCUCGAAAUAUUUUAAUUCAUAUACAGCUACAAUUCAAGAUGAAUAUCCUUGGUAUUAUGAUGAAUUAAAAGGAUUAAGUGAUGGCUCUGAAGUUUCUCUAAAACAAAUUUUGGUAUUAAAUUAUAAAAAUGAACUGAAGGCAGCAAAUGAUAUAUACGAGGAACAAGAAAAAGAUGAACGAGGACGUAGUUCAUGUUCAACAGUUCUUAUAAAUCGUCUCGACAAUUAUGAACAGCUGUUGUUUAUUGCACAUAAUGAAGAUGAAGCAGAUUCAAAUUGGAAUACGAGUUAUAUCCUCCAAGCAACAGUUAGAUCAAGUGUUUAUAGAAUUAAUGGAAAGGAAGAACUAAGAGAAAGUCCAAAUGAACGAUUUAUAGCGCUUGGAUAUGCUGGACAACUUGCUGGUAAUGGUUUUGGAGCAAAUCAUCAUGGUUUUGUUUUUACAUACAAUGGUCUUUAUCCAAAAAUACCUCGCAUAAAAAAUUGUCUAUCACGUCAAUUACUCAAUCGUCUCGUGUUAACUGUUGAAAAUGAACAACAAUUAGAUCAAAUACUUAAAACACAGUUAACAGCCUAUGGUUUCAAUUUGAAUGUUGGUCGAUUUCGUUGUUCAGAUGAUAUUCCUGAAAAAUAUUUAUUGAGUUAUGAAAUUGGUCCAUCAAAUGAGAAUGAAAAAACAAAUCAAUGUAAUAUUAACUAUAUUUUAAAUGAGAAGCAGGUUGAAGAUACUCGAAUUAUUAUGAAGCAUAAGGAUAUUCUAUCAUCUUCAUUCUCACUCAAUUACUAUUGCCACUUCAAUCACUAUAUUCAUUUACAAACUGUGCCCGAAGAAGAUAAGCCACUUUCAUCGAGUAAAAUGCGUGCAAAACGUGCUAGUGAAUUUGGUGAUAUAAAAAUAUCAAAUCAAGCAUUGCAAUUACUCGGUGAUGAAAAAUAUAAAUCUGAACAUCCCAUCUAUCGUCGUGCAUCAACAGGUCAAACAAAUACGGUAACAUUAUGUACAGCUCUUAUUGAUUUCACCACAUCAAUGCUGUAUGUUUAUGAUGAUAAUCCAGGAUUGAAAACAAGUUCACCUUUUUUUGAAUUUGAUUUAAAUAGUUUAUAG